AUGGGUGGCCGGCACUACCUAGAGAGGCUUAAGAAAUAUUUCAACGCGAAAGAAGGGAACGAAGUAAAAGAAGAGCCCAACACGGCUUCAUUACCAGUCGGGAAUCCACGCUUAUCCAAGCUUCCCGGCACAAUUACAGAUCCCCAACCACCUCCUAACAAGCUUCAAGAGCAAUUGUGGAAUGAGGCUUACGAUAAGCUCCGAGAGAGUGAAAAUAAGUACAUCGCCCAAUAUGAAGAGAUUCUCGUGUCCGAGCUCAAGAAAGACAACCCCGAUACCGAUUCAGUCUCACUUGGGAGCUCCCAUGAGGAGCGGUGGCGUCACAUGCAACGUCUCGUCCAGAUCGGCCUGUCCAAGACUGAAAAGGAAGCCAAGAUCUACGAGAAGGUGAACGAUGGACUGGAACUCUUUGGCACUGUGAGAGCUUUAGUUGAACCAGCCGUAUCAGCCGUUCCGCAAGCUGCAAUCCCGUGGGUAGGCGUUUGCUUCAUCCUUGAAGUCAUUUCAAACCCCGCGAAGCAGCCAGGCAUCCAUCGCGAGGGGCUCCAGCACGUUCUUUCUCGUGUCAAUUGGUACUGGAACCUCGCAGAACUUCUCCUUGAAGACAAUUUGGAGUCGAAGGAAGACGUUGAAGAGACCGCAUUGACAAAACUACGACUUGAGCUCCAGCCACUUGUACUUGACUUGUACCAGAAGUUUCUUUGCUACCUGAUAGAGAGUGUGUGCUACUUUCAAAAGAACCGGGCCACUGCGUUCCUGAAGAGUGUGGUCAAUAUAGACUACUGGAGUGGCAAGCUCAAGGACAUUGAGGCCUCGGAAAAAGAAUUUGAUAAGCAUUCUCAGCAGUACAAUACGACAGAAUCCCGCGACAGGCUCAAGACUCUGAUUAUUGGUGUUAAAAGCAUUGAGAAGGCUAUCGAUCGCCAGACCGAGCAACAAAAGAAGCUCAAUGAGGACGAAAGCAAUAGACUGUGUCUUCGGGCUCUCUAUAUAACUAAUCCACUCUAUGAUAAGGAGAGGAUUGAAGAAGAGAAGGGUGGGCUUUUGUCUCAUUGCUAUUCCUGGAUCUUCCUUACUGAGGGUUUCCAGACUUGGCAACAAGACCCUGAUUACAAACUGCUUUGGAUCAAAGGGGACCCUGGGAAAGGCAAGACAAUGCUCCUAUGUGGCAUCAUUGAUCGCCUUGAUGAGACGACACCGAGCUUAAUUUCAUGCUUCUUCUGCCAAGCCACGAGGAAUCAUCAGAACAAUGCUACAGCUGUUCUUCGGGGGAUAAUCUGGAGUCUUGCCCAUCAGCAUCCUGCUCUAGUCUCCCAUAUACGCAGUGAAUUUGACAGCGCAGGGGAACAGGCGUUCAACGGACCAAACAAUUGGGAAAUUCUGACAUCCAUCUUCAGGAGAAUGAUAUCAGACAGCAGCAAUCGGGUCCCUGAGGGUACCACUAUCAUAAUCAACGCCCUUGACGAAUGCACCAAAGACAACAAAAAACUCCUUGACCUGAUUGUGGACUUUUGCGGUAAUAAGAAAUCUCAAGUAAGGUGGAUUGUCUCGAGUCGUAACUGGGUGGAAUUUCAAGACGCCUUUAUGAAGAAAACAAUUGCCUCACAAAGAGUCAUUGUGUCUCUCGAAGAUAACAAGGAAGUCAAGGAAUCAAUCAAAAAUGCUGUUGAUGCCUUUAUUGAGUAUAAGGUGGGAGAACUCGAGAGAAUUAAGGAGACUAAACUCGACGCCGAGGUUCACAAUAUCUUUGCCGAAAAGUCUGGCAGUACCUUUCUCUGGGUGGCUUUAGCCUGUCAGAAAUUGCUGGAUAACGAUAUCGAUGAUUGGCAAAUCCUCGAUAUACUGAAGGGAUUUCCAUCUGGCCUGAAAGACCUUUAUAGGCGCAUAAUGCAGGAGGUCAAAGAUUCCCGCCAUGCAUCGCAAUGCAGGGACAUCUUAGCCAUUGCCACCCUUGUGCACCGUCCUAUAUCAUUGGGAGAACUGUCGUCAAGUUCCCAGUCCCUCUCCCAGCAUUCGAAUAGACUUGAUGCCCUGAAGAAACAAGUCUUGCGUUGCAAAGGGUUUCUGGUUGUCACAGAAGACUUAGUCUCGUUUAUGCAUCAAUCCGCCAAGGACUUCUUGUUGGAAGACCAGUUUGCAAAGGAGUUUAUCUGGGAAGCUGAGAAGGAGGACCAGUUAUCAGAAAGCAUUCUACGUAGUCAUCACACUAUGCUGAUCGCAAUGUUGGAGACGAUGAAGAAGACGCUCAAGUACGACAUUUAUGAUCUUAAGAAACCGGGUGCAGAUGUACUUGACAUUGACCGGAAGGAUGCCUUGGAUCCCCUGUCCCCGGUCAAGUAUGCCUGUUGCUACUGGGCCGAUCACAUCUCGAUAUUCGACGACGAAAUUGCGUGUGCCACCCUCGAAUUCCUCAAAAUAUCGGUGCUCUACUGGCUAGAGGCCUGUUCGCUCCUUGGAAAGUUACCUAUCGCAAUGCUGGAAAUUCAAAAGCUUCAGAAUCUAGUGCUUGGUACAGAAUACCUCGAAUUGAUUAGUGUCCGGCGAGACGUCAAUCGGUUUGCCCUGUAUUUCAAAAGUGCAAUCGAACAGUUUCCCUUACAAACAUAUGCAUCCGGGCUUUUCUUCAGUCCUAGAGCUUCAUUGGCAAGACAGACAUUCAAACAACAUACUCUCGAGACGUCAUGGCUUAAUGUACCUAUCUCGGAAGACUGGGAUCCUUGUGUUCAGACGCUCGAAGGCCAUACAUCUACAGUAUCCAAUAUGGCCUUCUCUGGUAACGGCCAAUGGUUAGCAUCGACCUCUCAUGAUCACACAAUCAGGAUCUGGGACGUAGCGACGGGUGUUUGUCUACAGACUAUAAACAGCCCUUAUGUAGAGGUGCAUGCAGUUGCAUUUUCCAGUGACAGUUCCUGCCUUGCGUCAGCGUCUGAAAACUGCACAAUCGAAUUUUGGGAUACCAAGUCAAAGGAAUUCAUAAAGAGUCAAACAGUCGAUACUCGAGGAACUGUUAUUAUUGGUCUUCUUUUCUCCCCGGAUGGCGAAUGGCUCGCCUCUUGGUCCUGUGAGCCGAAGGUUCAGAUUCGGAAUGCGAAAACGGGUGAUUGCAUUUACAGUAUUACAGUUGAGCAACAACUUCCGAUCGGUCCGGAAAUUCGGUUUUCCUUUUCAUCUGACAGCCAGCGUAUCCUCCUUGGCUCAGAACAACCUGGCGUCCGGGAUAUAGUUGGCUGCGAAUGGACCAACUACCCUGAGAUCCAUCCGGAACGACUUUUAACAUCAGCUUUCUCUUCAGAAGGAACAUGGGUGGGACACGCCUUUGGCGAGCACGGUCAUUCAAUUUGGAGAUUCUCCGAGGCAGACUCCAAUCGAGUGGUAGAAUUACUGAGAGAAGACGGGUACGGGCUCCCGCCCUCAGGCCAAUAUCCAGCUGAGAGACCAUUGCCAACACCGCAGAGGCCCUCAGCCAUUUCAAAUGACGGUACACAGGUUGCAACGUGCACUGAAUACCCCUUCCGGCUCGCCAUAAUUGAUGCCACUACCGGAGCCGUUGCAUAUGCAAACCCGCGAACUGCAACAGGGGCUGGAAGCGGUCUUCCCAUGACAAUGGCCUGGUCAGCCGACCGACAGUGGCUCGCUGUAGGGGGAGUUGGAGCUAAUGGCCAGAUUGGAAUAUGGGAUCCGAAGGCAAUCAAAGAUGGCAGCGAGACGAAUGAAAUUGGCAAACGCAUACAAGCCAUGGCAUUUUCUACAGAUGGUCAGAGGUUUGCCUCGGGCUCUGAAGACGGCAUUAUCGAGAUCGUGGAUAUGGCACGUCCAGGCAACAGUUCGCUUACCCUUGAGGGCCACGAUUCUUCUGUCUAUGCGAUAAUCUUUUCCCCAUCAGGAAAGAUGCUGGCAACCCAGUGCGCGUUCCUUGUCAAGAUUUGGAACAUCGAAGCGUCAGGGGAGUGUGUACACACAUUUGAGGCAGGUCAAAUAGACCUUCGACUCGCUACAAUAUUGAUAAAGUUAGGUAUCAGCCUGUGUGUCUAUUUGCGUAGGCAUAGCUAG